AUGGCCGAGCAACUGAGAUAUAGAGAGCAGGAAGAGGAGCCCGUGGAUGUUUUCUUCACUUGUCAGAAAUACCAUAAGCAACCAACAACAGAGGAACCUGUCUGCAUUAACCCAGACCAAAUCCUAACGGAUUUCACUCCCUUUCAGACCAUACACACAUCCUAUGAUAGUGGUAAUAGCGUGUUGAGAAGAGCCUUGACUCUUGAUUUGUUUUUGGGAGAGAAGAACACUGCUUUGCGGGUGAAAAAGGCAAAAAAACAAAGUGCACCUACUGGUCACCACCUUCUGCCACCAUUGGUCCUCCAACCGAUGCCGUCUUCCACCAAUAAAGCAGGAAUGCAUGGUUAUGUCGAUGGGCAGAACUUAGGUCUCCUCAUGCAUUUGAAUAUGUCUUCUGCGUUUCUUGAAAUGCUUGCAAAUAUGACCAUGAAGUAG